AUGCGCAUCCGCUAUCCUUUCGCAGGUGCUUUCAUCUUCCUCAUCAUUCUAGCCGGCUAUAUUGGCCUGCUCCCACAUGCCACCUCAUCGAAGAUCCCCUCAAAUCUUCAACCAAAUGACAAGUUUCUCCACCUGAUUACCUUCUUCCUCUUGUCCGUCGCCUUCUACUGGAUCUUGGACACCACCCGCCGGCGCACUCUCCACUUGACUCUGAUUGUCUGCACCCUCGGCCUCGGUGUCGGCUCUGAAAUCGUCCAAGGAUUCCUGCCGAAUGGUCGAGAAUUUGACCCAUUUGAUAUCCUCGCCAAUGUGGUCGGCAGCCUCGGCGCCGUUGGUCUGUGCGGCUGGUAUCACCGCCGCAUGCUGGAACGUCGCCGAAAGAACCGUUUCGGAUUGAUGGAGGAUGGCGAUGGCGACGUUGAGCUUGGUGUCGGUGUUGGGGGCCAUUCUACACGCGAUGAGGAGGGACUGGGCCCACAGGAGUCCGGUGUUAUGAACCUGGAACAAGAAGUGGAUAACUGGGACGAAAAUGCCGCCGACAAUUGGGAUGACGACGACGGACCAGGACCUUCCGAGCACGAUGACUCCCCUCCGAGCUACCAGGAGGGCCAUAAGGCUAGCAUUGGCAGUGCCGGGCCCACAGCCGGAGAAGCUGCCGGGAAACGCGCUGACUGA